ACCGCCGAUCACAUUUGUUGUUUGGUGGCGAUGUCAAUGCGAUCUCGUCUCUGGGUUGUUUACAUGCUGUUGGCCGCCUCCCUCUGUCUGCUGCCCUUGCCUUGCCACGAGAGGUGCACGCCUUCAUCCAGGCAGCCGCGGCCGGACACAGCCGCUGCAGAUCGGACCCAUCAACAACACAGAUCCCACUAACAUGUCCAGCCACAAAAACAUCAAUGAGGACAGCGCUGACCUGCAGGUGUCCGGGUCACAGAUGACUCUGCUCUCCUCUCCGUGUCGCACACCUGUUGCUAAGCAACUGAGAAGUCCGAACUCCGUCAAUGAAACAGACAAGAAACCGAAACGGCCCUUGUCUGCUAAAAGCAAUACCUCACUGAUUUCUGAAUCCUCAAGAAGGAAGACAGAUCCCAGCAGCCCAGUGCACAACCUCUUUCAGUCGUCUGUCUCAAGGUCAGUCACUGGUACCAAAAGCAACACAAACUAUGCCAAACCUCCCAGAAGUGAUGUGUUCACCUCAAUGUUUGGUGACAACAACAAACAGAAGCAGAAGCCGACCUCUGCUCGAUCGAAGAAGCCUUCGCAACAUCUCAACACUGACAUACGCCCAUUUGCGAGGUCGCCAAUGUCCAGUACUCAGACCACUCCACGUCAACCGCUGGCCAAAGACGACCUGACUGAUGACAUCCCAGCAGACAUACAUUACCUGAAUGGGGUCAGUUUCAGCUCGGACGAUUCCAUUGCUGAACUGAAAGUGGAUGAGAUACUAUCUCGUUCCCUCAACAAAGCAGCCAGAACAUUCAGCCCCAAAAAUAGCUUAUCCGAUAACCAGAAACCCUUCAGUGUUUUCUCUGGAAUGGAUGAUGCACUGAACAGCCACCGCACCAUGCUGAGCAGUUCCUGCAACACACCACGCAGUCUCACAAGCAUUGCCAAUAACAUGACAUCCCAAGCCAUGUCACCACAGGCCAAAGCCUCCUUAUCCAGCAUUGAAAAUUCCUACCAAAAUUUCAAAUCCAAAGCACCUAUUAACCAGGUCAGAAAGGAUUCUAACCAAUCAGAACCUCCGAACUUGUUUUCCAAGUCCAUGUCGUCCGUAAACCGCAUCAACAGUGCAGCAUCCAUGCGAUCAAGCCACAGCCACGCAGGCAGCAACAAAUCAGCCUUCAUGGCCCACCUCUCCAGUUCUGAAUCGAACCGCGUCAACUAUGUCAACAGCAAUACAAAUGCAGCCCCGUCGUCCUGGCUUAAAAGUCCAUCCCCUGUCAAUGCCGUCGUCAGUAUGAUGUCCAAUCCGUCAUCGGCAAAUUUGACGGCCAACGCCCAAGCGGGGACGCUGAUGAGUGAAGCAACGGCGGCGACGAUGAUCCAGCAAUGGUACCGGCGGCACAGGGUGCGUAGGAAGGCAUGCGAGGCUGCGAUGAAGAGGUUGUUGAUGCAGAAGAGGCAGGAGAUUAUCCAGCAGCAGCGAGAGGAAAGGGACGAGGCGCUGAGGAAGAAGGACAAGGCAACAGAGAGAGAAAUACUGAAGGAGAUCCGGGCGAAGGAGAGUCGUCAGAAAGCGAUACAGGACAUGCACAAGAGACGAUCCGAGAGACAAGGGGAAGUUGGCAAACAGCUGGACCCUGUUGUGCGACCACGGCUGUUCCAGCGUUCUCUGUCUAGCAGCUCUUGUGCCAGUAGUCGCACUGUGACAAUGAAGACCUCCAACUUGAGAAAUGUUAACAGCAACAUCACUGCUGCUACUACUACUACCACUACUGCUACUGCUGCUGUUACCACUGCUUCUACUGCUACUAAAACACCUAUGCUUAUUGCUGCUUCUUCACUUAUGUCUACUACCGCUGCUGCUACUACUACUAUUACUACAGCCUCUGGUACUUCUGCUACUACUACAACUACUACUGCUGCUGCUGCUCCUACUACUGCUACCACUCUUUCACCUCCUGUUGCCGCGCAAAGAAACCGACGGAAUGUUUUCUAUGAAUCCCUGUCCACAAACAAGGACUACAGUCAACACGACAGUAAAGCAGGGAGUGCGGUUUCAAUUUCUCCACAAAUGUCCAGUAUAAAUCUGGGGGCUGGGGAAAAUUGCAUGCUUGACCACCUGAAGGUCACUGACGACUGUGACAGCCGCCUCGAAGAGUUGUUCAAGGAAACCUCCAAGCUGGUCAAAGUCGCAAACUCAACCCUUCGAAGGAACUCUCACACAUCUUCGGUGCCAAUCUCCCAACUGCCGACCCCAGAUCGGAACACACCAGAGCCAGGUUUUGAACCCCCCAUCAUCAACUCUGAUGCUAGGGCAUCAAAGACUCCAACCAAAAGUACUUUGAGUGACCUCCUUGAAACACUAAAGAAACUGGAGGAAGAUGAGGAUAUCGGGGCAGGUGACUUGCCACUCAAAAGCACAUCCAGGGUUUCUGAUUUAAAUGGAUCCCUGAAAGUUGGUGGCGGUUCCAACAAGAGUCGAUGCUCAUCUAGAUCCCGCUGUGCAACCAAAGAAGGGGCCACUCCAAAAACAAGCCCCCACUUAACUGCUGAGAACCUACAACAGCUGAAUCAGGACCAGCAUCCCUUGUCCCCUCCCGAUGAUGGCAUCGGUUAUCUCUCAAACGACAAACUACAGAGCAUCAUUUCAUUUCUGGAUGAAGUCCAAUCAGCUGACCGAAUCACUGACAUCGAAUUAAAGGCCUAUUCUGUGACUUCCGGUAACGAGGUAAAUGACACCAAUAUCAGCUCGGUGACCCCUAUAAAGGCCCUUAAUCUAGAAGAAGCCACAGCCACAGCUGCCGAGAUUACCAACAACGUGAUGUCCCAGCGUCUGGAGCUUGACGAGAAGAAGCAGUCAGUGGAACUUCUUCAGAAGGCCCUGAACCAACAACGAGAACUGACUGUGCGCCACGCCAAAGAAGCGGAAAAAGAAAUGAAAAGACUUCUUCAACAUCAGAAAGAUCAAUACGAGAACACGAUUAAGAGACAUCUAUCUUUUAUUGAUCAGUUGAUUGAUGACAAGAAGAUGCUGAAUGAAAAGUGUGAGCAGUUGGUGAAGGAGCUGAAAACGAUGGACAGGAAGCAUCAGGACAAGAUGAAGAAUCAGACGGACAAGUACAACACAGAGCUGAAGAAAUUUAAAGAACUUUCGUUAACAUCAGAAAAAAUACGCCGCGAGAAAUGGAUAGAAGACAAGACGAAGAAGAUUAAGGAGAUGACUGUGAAGGGGCUUGAACCUGAGAUCCAGCGUUUGAUUGCCAAACACAAAGGUGAAAUGAAUAAAGUGAAGCAGAUCCAUGAAGCUGAGUUACUGGAGUCAGAUGAGAGGGCUGCCCAGAGGUAUGUGAAGUUGACCGAGGACUUGCGCUCCCAGCUGGCCAAAGAGAAGGAAGAGGCUUGCUCACAUGAGAGGGAGCUUGCCAAACAAAGAUACGAGAAACAAAUCCACCAAGAGGAGGAGUCCUUCCAGAACGAGCGCCGCCGUUUGUACAGCGAGAUUGAAGACGAGAAGAGGAGGCUGGCAUCCCAGUCUUGCCGAGAGCGUGCAGAGAUCGACCGACUGCAGCAACAGCUGCACAAUGCACACCAACAGCUGCUCAGUUCGACCAAGGAGGAGUUUGAUAAAGCACGAGAAGAACAGGAGAGAAGACAUGCUUCUGAACUGCAGGCUCUGCGAGACAGGAUGGCCGUCGAGAAGGAAGCGUGGGAAGAAAACUUCCUGAAGAAGCAGGAGACCCUGCUGCUGUCGAAGGAGCGUGACCUGAAGGAGAAAGUGCGGAAGGACCGGGACAGGGAGAUUGAACUGGUCAUUAAUAGGCUAGAGGCCGACGCCACCCAGGCUCGAGAAGAGCUGGAGAGAACAGCACAAAACAGAAUCAAACGAAUCCGAGAGAAAUGUGAAGCAGAAGUGAAAGAACUGGAACAAUCAGAGAAAUUAGCAAUUAGCAGAUAUAACGAAAUAAAGGCUGAACUGACUGAUGUUGAAGGGAUCAAUGAGCAGCUAAAGGUCAAAUUAAAACAGAAGAUAUAUGAAAUCGACAGCUUAAAUAAGACAUUGGAGAAGUUCCAUAAGGAACGUGAUGCCGUCGCGGACGUUGUGAGGCAGGAGUUUGUCGACAAGAUCGUCGCGACGGAGGAGGAGAGCCGGAGGACGAAGCAGGAAAUGUCCGAGUUGAAGGCUCGGCAUCGCAUCGAGUUGGAACGGUGCCGGACGGAGAUUGAGAAGACGAAGAAGCAGAAGGAGAACGAGUUGGAUGACGUACAUGAGAGAGUGAAACAAGCCAUUGUGAAGAAGGACGAAGUGGUGACCCAGUUAAAGAAAGAAUACCAGGCUGCUGUGAAAAGAGCUGACCAUCUUGAGGGCCUGCUGGAGCAACAGAGGAAGCACCUUUUGGGAAAAUAACCCCCUUUCAUCACAUUCACUCCAGCAGUCCCACUAACCCUUUUUUUUAUAUAUCCCCCUACAAAUAUAUACAUUUCUAUAUAUAUUUACAAGCUGAUGCUCCCCGCCUCCAAGGACCACAGUCAGUUUUCAUCACAUAGAACCAACCAGCUUACAGUGGCCACCACCAGCUCCAUACUCUAGCCACGCCCAUGCCGUCGCAGCACCAGAAAUAUUUAAAAUAGCAAUAGAAGGCAGAGCUCAGAGUGGAGGAGCUACCUCCCCGACUCCGCCCCUCUUCAUCAAUUAACCAAUCACACAGCUAAAUGCUAAAUUCUCAUCCUGUCACUCAAGAGACAAUCCAAUAUUUAAAUAUGAAACCCUCCACACACACACACAUACAUACAUAUAUAUACACACACACACACACACACACACACACACAUACAUAU